CCUCAAACUGGCUCUCUGCGACUCGCGCCAGCUGUAUUUCCCUCCGCCUCUUCCCCUUCCCUCCCCUCCCUCCUAUUCCCCUCCCCCGCAAAAGCGCGGGCUGGCCCCAGGGCCGAGGUUCCGCUGGUCGGGCUCGGACGUCGGGGGAGGGGGGGGGGGAGUAGAAAGAGCGAAUGCCUCUUUCCAGCGUCCGGAAGGGCACUUCUCCUUUACCGAGACGAUUCCUCGGUUCCGCCGGCAUCCAAAGACCUUUACAUAGAGUCCGGCUGCCCCGCGUUUCACGGGUCUUUCGGUCCCUCUUACCCGAAAUUCCCCCCACUUCCGGUCAGGCAGUAAGAAGCGCCCCUCUCUCCCCUCAGGAGCGCAUGCUGGGCACAGUGGCCAGGACCACCAGUGAUGGGGAGCCUUUUAGAGACUGAGUGCCCAAACUGCAACCCUCUUGCCACAUGUGAGGACUCGCAGUCCCCCUUACAGAGGAGGAGGAAGCACUCCCAUUGGGCUGCUGGGCAGAGAGACAUCCCCACUGUCUUCACAGAAACCUCUCCUUAACUGUAUAAUGUGACUGCAAGGUGAGGAGAGGACGUCAAGUAAGCAGAAGAUUGGGAGUAAAGAAAAACAAGAUGAAUGUUCCUGCAAGUAGUUGUGGAAGUCCCAGUUCUGCAGAAACAGUCAGUGACUUUAAAGAUCUCUGGGCAAAACUGAAGGAAUGUCAUGACAAAGAAGUACAAGUUUGGAAUAGAACAACCAGAAAGAUUCAGAAAGACCCAAGUUUAAAUCUGACCUCAGUCACUAGCUGGGUGUUCCUGGCCUUACAGAUCAAAGUAACCAAGCUGAAAAAGGAACGGAUUUUAGAUGCACAAAGAUUGGAAGAGUUUUUUACUAAAAAUCAACAACUGAGAGAGCAACAGAAAGCUCUUCAUGACACCAUUAAAGUUUUGGAAGAUCGGUUAAGAGCAGGGUUGUGUGACCGUUGUGCAGUGACUGAAGAACACAUGAGGAAAAAACAACAAGAAUUUGAAAAUAUUCGGCAACAAAAUCUUAAACUUAUCACUGAACUUAUGAAUGAUAAGAAUGCCUUACAAGAAGAAAACAAAAAACUUUCAGAGCAACUACAUCAGAAAAUUGAAAAGAAACGGCAUCAAGUAGCAGAGCCUGAGGAGGAAAUUAUUCCCGAUUCACCUAUAUUGACUUUCUCAUUUCCUGGUCUUAACCGACUACGAAGAAAGAAGGAGAACCCACACGUCCGAUAUAUAGAGCAAGCAAAUACUGAUUUGGAGCACCCUCUGUGUACAAACGAAUUUGCAAAAGGUCUAAAGUGUUCAACUCAACUGCAGCAAAACCACUAUGAAAAUGAAAUUCUUGUAGCAGACACUUGUGAUCAAACAUUAUCAACUAUGACCAAUACCCAAGAAACCAACAAUUAUCCCAUUGAAAAGUCAUCUUUUAAUUUAGCUGCUGUUGUUGCUGAAACACUCGGACUUGGUGUUCAAGAAGAAUCUGACUCUCAAAAUGCUUUGAAUUCUCUCAAUGAAGACCUGCAUCAGCAGCAGGAAGCAGAGCCAAAGAAACAAACCUUUCAAGAACCCACAAAAAAUAUCGAAGAUGGUUUAAGAUUUUCAGAUUCUUCUCCAAGGACUCCACCAGAAGUUGACUGGAUUGCUCGGGCAUCUUCUCCUGUUUUUGGAGCUGCUUCUACUCUGAAAAAUGGCUUAAGCACAAGCUUGUCCCCUUCUCUUUUAGAGGUUGGAAAAAAGUCGCAUCUCAAAACAAACCAUUUCAGCAAUAAUUGUACUUCUAGGCCACAAAAACCUAGAUCAAAAUCUGAAGACACCAGCCUUGUUACAUGCCUUAAUCUUGGUUCUCAAGCAAGCACUGUUAUUGAUCAUUCUUCUUCCAUUAAACAAGUAUUUGUGAGAAAGAAUAUAGAUGAAUCAAUAAGUACAAAAAUUGGAACUGAUACAAAAGAUGAAGCUAUUGAAAAAAGUGAUCGUUUUAUGCCAUUGAAACCAUUGGGAGGCAGAGGAACCAAAAGAAAGAAGACUGAAGAAGAAACUGAACAUUGCCUCCAAACCUCUUUUGAUAAAGAAAAUGCUUUUCCUUUCCGAGGGGAUAGUUAUCCUUCUGUCAAUGGAGACUCUGUCAUGGAUAAGCCCCUGGAUCUAUCUGAUAGGUUUUCAGCUAUCCACCGUCAAGAAAAAAGCCAAGGAAAUGAGGUUACUGGUGGUUAUGAGCCAAUAAAAAUGAAAGGCAGGAUGGGACAUGGAGAUUGUGAACUUACCUCAGUUCUUCAAUUAAAUCCUUGUAGAGUAACUAAAGCACAAACUUUGCAAGAUAAUCAAGAUAAAUCAUCCUUAGAAAAUAUCCAGUGGAGUAUAGAUCCAGCAGCAGAUCUUUCUCAAUAUAAAAUGGAUAUUACUGUAAUUGAUACAAAGGAUGGUAGUCAAUCAAGAUUAGGAGGUGAGACUAUGGACAUGGAUUGUACGUUGAUUAGUGAAACUGUGCUUUUAAAAAUUAAGAAGCAAGAGCAGAAGGAAGAGAAAAGUCCAAAGCAAGAAAGAAAAAUGAAUGAUAGCUUAGCUGAAUUGUUUGAUCAGACAACACAUGAAGAAUAUGAAUCCUAUUUGGCAAAUUCUUCUCCACUAUGUGAGCAAGAAGAAAAUCUCCAUGUAGAAGAUGAUGAAUUAUCAGUUGCUACAAAGAAACUAAACAGAAAAGUCAUUCAGAGUUUCUACUUUGUGCUGCAAUUAAAAACUGCUUUAUUCUCUUUUAACCCAACAAGUAGAAGAAAUGGGGAUCAUUGCUCUGGGCCAACUGGUAAUAUCUCAGGCUUCUCAUUUGUAUGUCAUGAAGAUAUACCUGAUAAAGUCAAACAAAAAGCAUUUGUGGAGCCUUACUUUAAAGAUGAUGAAAGAAAGACCACAUUACAAAAUUUCCCUCACAUUGAGGUAGUACGGAAAAAAGAAGAGAGGAGAAAAUUACUUGGACACACAUGUAAAGAAUGUGAAAUUUAUUAUGCAGAUAUUCCAGAAGAAGAAAGAGAAAAGAAGCUAGCCUCCUGUUCAAGACACCGAUUCCGCUAUAUUCCUCCUAACACACCUGAAAAUUUCUGGGAAGUUGGGUUUCCUUCAACUCAGACUUGUGUGGACAGAGGGUACAUUAAGGAAGACCUUGAUCCUUGUCCACGUCCCAAAAGGCGGCAACCUUACAAUGCAAUGUUUUCUCCAAAAGGCAAAGAACAGAAGACAUAGAUAUUGAGGAAGUUUCAAAAGAUUCCAGAACAAAAUUCCUCAUUUAUUUAUACUUAAUGUUGGAAUAAAAAAACUGAUUUCUUCCUCUUUCAAAUCAGCUACAACCUGAUUUAUAUCUCAUUUAAAUACAAUAUAUUUCAGGAAAUAUUAUUUAAAAUAAUUGAGUACAUUUAUUGUGCUUGUGCAUUUUUUCUUGAUUUUGCACCUUUGAAACAAUGGGGGUGCUUCCAUUUUGCACUGUGUAACUUAAAGGAGUAGAUUUUAUCCUUUGUUUUUUGUAAUAUCUAAAUAUAAUUAAAAAAUUGUGAUAGAAUUCA